AUGAUCAAGAAAACGGGGUACUUCAAUCAAUACGGAGGUGCGCUAAGGCGGGGGGGGAGUGUUGCUAUAGGUUGGGUCGUUCCCCAUAAGGCCCCACCGUCGGGGCAUAAGCGCCCUCUUCCUACCCAUAUGCGACGCGCCGUCUUAGUCUUCCCUGACCAGGAUCACUCCCACACCUGUAGUGUUCGUGAUCGGCCUACUCAAUUGUGUAUCAAUCGAAAGGCAGGGCAGCACAGCCGCCCCAAGGGAGUGGUUACGUCCAAUAUGUCCCCCCUUAUUCCCGACAUGCUAUGGUGCCCCGAGGUGGGUAGGAGCAGAUCGAGUUCGUAUCGCCACGGAGCAACAACCACGUCUGAAACUAAUCUAUCUACUCUGCAAUUCAUCUAG